GAUAACAUCAAAUUCUUCUUUCUUUUCAAAUGUCAUAUUUUAUAGGUUAUGUUUUGCUCAUUUUUAAAAUAAAAAUUUAUGUAUGUAUUUAAUAGUAAAUUAUUUAGAUGCAGUUUGGCAGUUUUUGAAUAGUAUUCCAUUGAUUUAGUUGAUAUAACUGUAAAAAGAGAUGUCUCAUUCAAGAGAAGAUAGUACAGAACCUUUACCUUCCAAAACUCGAAGGAAAGAAUUAUACGAUGGCGGAGGAAACACUAGUAAUUCUGAAAUAGAAUCGUGCCAAAUCAUGGUGGACAACUCAGAAAAUGUUUUAAAAGUUUUAAAAAAGUUAUAUUUUGAAAAAGAAAUGUGUGAUGUCUUCCUUGUAGUAGGUAAUAAAGAAUAUGGUGCUCACAAAUUAAUUUUAUGUGCUUCUAGUGAUGUAUUUCAGGUGAUGCUUAUGAAACCAGAAUGGUCAGAAUGGCAUGAAAGUAGGGUUCAAUUGCAGGAGAUGGCAGUAUGUGAACCUGUCUUCUCAUUAUUUCUAGAAUAUUUUUAUACAGGAAAAAUUAUGAUUACCCAUACUAACGUUAUGCCUAUUUUAGCUCUUGCUGAUAAAUAUAUAGUCAAAAGUCUGACUAGAAUAUGUCUAUCGUACAUGUGCAAACACGUUCCUCACGCAGCAUUCCACAACCAACUUUUCUCGUGGUUGCAAUACUCGACGGCUUGCGGUCAUUCGAAAGUAUUUGAAACAUGUCAAAAUUACAUCAAAUGGAACUUCGAAUCAGUAGCAAAUACUCCGGAUUUCAGUAACUUCGACAUGGAUAUGUUCACUAAGAUAUUAGAACAAAACGAUAUCGUCGUUCACAACGAAAUGGUGUUGUAUAACUGCGUAGUUCGAUGGUUGGAUCUCCAACGGUUAAAAUCGUACCAAUCGGAUUUUGAAGAUAUCGAAUUUAAAACUAUAACCGAAAAAAUUAUGAAAUUUAUAAGAUUUCCGAUGAUGUCACCGAGGCAAUUGGCGAAUUUACUACUUUCCCCUAUCAUAAAAGAACAUAAAGAAUUUUUCGUAGAUAGAAUGGCGUUGGGUAUGAAGUACCAUUCCGGAUACAUAGAUCGCACUUCAACUGAAGACAAUCACUUGUUGAUCCCUAGAUUAUACACUUCAGAUAGCUGUAGUGCUCUGUUAACCAUCGAAAAUUUCAACAGUAUCCCCAAUUACCAUACCAGCACCUUCGUUUUCUCUUCGUACCUUUCAGCUGCCGAACACGAAUCCCAUAAAAUAAACGAAUGGUUAGUGGAUUUGUACCCCAAAGGGGUAUGGUUCAAAAAGUGUUACCUCAUAGUUUGGCAAGGGAAAGUGGAAGUACCUGAAGAAAUCCUCACCACCGUCCGGUUAUCCUUAACCUGCAGGGACAUGUCAGUACCGAAUAUGCGAGUUAAAAUAUCAGUUUUAAUCUACGGUCUUCAAGGAGGAGUCGAACAUGUUAUGGAAGUGAGGGAAACCGUUCACCAUUUUACUGUACAAGAUCGUACAGUGAAUAUCGACAAUUUGAUACCGUUCCAGGAGUUGAAUAGACCAGCUGUUGAAGCUCAGGCUCAGCCGAACGAGACUUUGUAUCUCGUAGGGACGAAUAGGGAUACGUUAAAGUUGAAUUUAGUGAUAGCGCCGAUUAUGUAGCGUGUGCUAUUGUUUUUAACAAAGUACAAAUUUUAUUGUUACGGAUAAAGUAUUUUUAUUAAUAAAAUGUUUAAAUGAAA